CUCCCCUCCGUCCUUUUGACUCUUUUCUGCAUACAUCCUGCCAUCCGCCGUCACUCUUCUUCUUCUUCGUCUUCUUCGUCGUCUUCCUCUUCUUCUUCUUCUCCAGCUUACUUACUUACUUUCUUCCCUUUUUCCUUCUUUUUAUCUACUUCUCCCCCUUUCCUCAUACUCCACAUCCAAUUCGAGACCUGCCUCCACACUCCGCCCUCUGUCCACACGCCCACCCAACCUUCUCUCUCCUUCGCCUGUCCUUUCCCUCUAACCCUGCCACUCCAUACACUCACACCCACCCACACACACAUACACACCGCUACAACAAUGACAAAGAUCAAGCCCAGGCUCAUCGCCCGCAUCUCCUGUCAAGAGUGCCGUCGCAGAAAGACCCGCUGCAACUUCGACGGCCAGAGCCAGAAGUGUUCUACCUGUGCCCGCAUCGGCACCCCCUGCAUCUUCUCCCAAAAGAACGGCGUCGUCCUCGAUAUCGACAAGGUCAUGGAGGAGAACAACCCACAUCUGGUCCACCAGCGUGAAAAGGAGCUGCGGGCCAAGGAGCGCGCUCGACUCGCCCCCUCCUCAAACUUCACAGGCCCUGCCCUGGCACCAGCGUCGGCCUCAUCAGACACAUCCAUCUACUCCAGAUCCACACCAUCGUCUUCCUAUCUCUCGGGAGGACAGUACGCAAACAGGCCCAGCAGAAGCAACAGCACCUCCAGCGCAGCACUAUACAGCGGCCGCUCGUCCUCAACAGAGGACCUCUCCAAUGUCAUGGACCGGCUUCAAAUCGAUGCCUUUGGAAUCGCACCACAUACGCUCCGCAGCUUCAGUCAGGUUGCUGGGGACAACGACUCUGUAGAGACAUCCACAGGCGAAUCCUCAGAUGCAGACCCCGCCGAAUCUUCUUCAGCCUUCAAAGACUCCGCAGAGCAGGACGAUAUCAAGCCGAUUGGUUCGGUCUGUGGCGACAAACAACAUAGUUUCGGCAGCAGUUCAGGUGUGCAUAGUCAUCACGGUCACCACCAUCGGCCAUCGAGGAGUCGAUCCGUUCCCUUGGUCGAUAUCCAGCCUGAUCUAAUCGACAUGUACUUCAAGCACGUUCACCCGUUCCUGCUCGUCCUCCACAAACCUUCGUUCUUCCGUCGGCUGUAUGAUCCCAAGGACCCUGUACCGGACUUCUUGUUGGCGGCGAUGUAUGCAGUGGCCUCACAUUACACUCCUGGUCGGGAAGAGGAUGGUCGUCGAUACUUUCAAUUCUGGCUGAGCCGAUUGGAUGAUACGCUGGACAAACCGAGACUGUCGACGAUCCAGGCACUGUUGAUGGUCAUCAAGUACCAGGAGGGUGUCAAGCAAAGCGGCUUCUAUUUCCGCACAUACAUGUAUACUCAGAUGGUUGUUGUUCUGGCAAGGGAGCUGCAACUGCACAAGACCACGCCCGUUAACGCAAAACUCGACCCUGAAAGCCAUGAAGUCAGGCGGCGACUCUUUUGGGCGAUCUUUGUACUGGACCAAUUCCUCUCCGUAUCCCAGGGUCGCACGAUGAGCUUUAGGGAGGUCGAGCCCGAGGCUGACCUACCGCGGACCGACAACGAGGACCCGAACGAUCCAGAGGAGAUUGAGGUGAUCGAGAACGCGGUAGAGUACAUCAAACUGGUCAAGAUCGACCACCAGGCCCUGAUUCUCGUUCGAAAAUUUCUCACGAAGGUCGUUACGCCAGAGGAGACGAUCCCUCAGGGGCUGUUCCUACAUCAGGCAAUGCUGGCCUGGAAAGCCAACUUGCCAGCUCGACUUCAGCUGGCACCGAACAUGUCGCCACAUACACCCUUUGUUGCGAUGCUCCACAUCCUAUACCAUGCCUGUGCCGUCAUGAUCCAGCGAUGCUAUUGUGAGGACCCCAGUAUCAGCCAUCUGGAGAUUGCGGCGGUGUCGAGAGAGACCUGCACCAUUUCCGCGACCAAUAUCACGGUGAUUAUCGACGACCUGUACACGAACCACGGGAUGGUGCCGAUGACGUACCCGAUCCGAGGAUGCUACUUUGUGAUCUAUUGCUUGAUCGGGGCUGCGACGGUCCAAGUGAACGAUAUUCGACAGGGAUUGAAUGGGCCGAUUAUGUUCAAGCGGACGCUGGCGCUGUUGAACCACUUCUUGCGGACGUCGACGGCAGUGGAUAUUGAGCGGGAGGUCGAAUUGCUGAAGAGUUCGAUGGACCUGGGAGCGGAUGGGUCGUCGUCGGGUUCAGCCAUAUCGAUCGUGCCUCAGUAUGAUCAUCGCCCCGCAUUCAAGCCAAUCCUGCCCAUGUCACAAAAGUGUAGCUCCAAGUUGAACUUCUCGGGCUCGAGCAUCACCCCGAUCCGACCACGCAAGAUCUCGCCUAGGGCUUCAUCUUCCCCCUCGAGUAGUGCUGUCAGUCCUGGGGGGAUGUUGCCACAGGCAUCGAAGAGCGGCCAUGGGCGUAUGUCCUCGACAUCAAGAGCUAUGGGAUCGGAGGAUCACCCUGGUUUUAGCGUAGGCGAUCACAAGGUUCCCGAUCAGUCGAAUUCUUCUUCUUCACCUUCAUCAUCAACAACAAGCGCCAGUAAUACGGACGCCCAUGCCUCGUCACAGAGCCCCUGUAGUCAACAUCUGGAUGAUGAACUGGACAUCGCCAUCAAAUCGUCACCUUCACCUAACCUGCCCUCUCGGCCGAUUUCUUCAGGACACAAUAGUAGCAAUUAUGAGACGAAUGCCAGCAGCAGUGGGUCGGAUACGUACUUGCGAUCUGUCCCGACGUUCACGGCCCCGGAUUCAUUGCCUUUGGAUUUUACGGCGUUUGUACAGGCACAGCAACAGGCUCUGGCGUCGGGUGGGGGUCAGAACCCGCCACCUCCAAUGUCUCUAGCACAGUUCUUGACGAUCCAGCAGAAUUACCAGAGGUUGCAACUUCAGAAGCAGCAGCUGUUGUCGGCGAAUUCGAUAGGUUUGACAGGGUCGCUCAGCCAGUUCACGGCGGCGCAGAUUCAGGAGCAGCAUCUGAUCAAUCAGCAGGAACAGCUUCUGCAGCUGCUGCAAGAGCUACAACGACAACAGCAACAACGACGACAGCAACAACAGCAACAGCAACAGGAUCCGGCGCAAAUUCAGGAGCAGCAUUUGAUCGAUCAGCAGGGACAGCUUCUGGAACUGCUGCAACAGCUCCAACAACAACAACGACGAGAGCAGCCACAGCAACAGCAACAACAGCAACGGGAUCCGACAGAGACUCUGAUCAAUCAGCAGGGACAGCUUAUGCAGCUGCUGCAAGAGCUCCAACGACAACAACAACAACGACGACGACAGCAGCAGCAGCAGCAGCAACAGGAUCCGGCGCAAAUUCAGGAGCAGCAUCUGAUCGAUCAGCAGGGACAGCUUCUGCAGCUGAUGCUACAGCUCCAACAACAACAACAACGACAUCAGGAACUGCAACUGCAACAACAGCAACAGCAACAGGAUCCGGCACUGUUCAGCAACUUUUUGAACAACUUCUCGAACCUAAACAACUACCAACAAUUGAACUCUGAUCAGGCUCAGAACGAACUGCUCUCGAUGCUGGAUUCUUCCAUGUUCAAUUACAGCGACGCCACCACCAACGCCUUUGUAGCCACCCUGGGUUCCAAUACUCUUGCGCAGCAGCAAGUUUCUCGACAACAGGGCCUCGGAGAGGUGUUGUCGUCCUCGCUCUCGCCGUCGAGUACGACCAUGUCCUCGGCCUUCAGUCCCGACCUUGGCCCGAUCGCCUUCAACGGCUUCUUCUUCCCCAGCACGGCCCAGCAACAACCGAUCCGGGGACGGACCGCAUCCUCGGACGACUCGCUCUUGGCGGAUGCGGCACUGGCUAGGGACCACCUCAAGGACACGCCCUCGCCAGAAACCUUCCCGAUUUUGGAUAUGGCGAGCACAUUCCCGAUGUAUUUGGGUCCAGAGAGUGCAGUCCCCUAUGGGGUACGACAGGCGCUUGGGGACGCAGAUAAGAUCUUCAAGUUCCAGGCGCAGGCCGGUCUUUCUGCAGAGUAAGAUAUCUAGACUAGAUCAUACUUUUUAUUUCUAAUCCCUGUAUAACAUUUACAUAUAUAUUUAUAAAGAAAAAAUUGGACCGC